GCAAUUGGAGAUACGCUUUAAGCAUUUGCUGUUAGUCGUCUAUUGGUAGAGAUCGUGAAUGGUUUAACUCGGAUCGUCUCGUGGUCUUUGGUGGGCGCGCGCGAAAAUAUAAAGUCAGAUAAUCGAAACCCUGCACUUUAUAAACAUAACACACACACGCCGGUGCUUUCGUCUGUGGUAUCUACAUAAACACACAUGCUGCUUUAAAGUAAAUAGAAAUAUUUAAAUAUUAAUUGAUAGUGGAAAACAAAUGUCCGUACAGUUGUGAUUAAUUAAUUUGUGCAAAUUACUGAAAUACAUACAUACAUACAUGAAUAUAUAGAAUACUAUAUGUAUUUAUGUGUCUUCUGCAUGGCAUAGACUUUGAACGUGCCAAUAGGUGACGUAUACGCAGCGUGUGAUAAUCAUAAACCCAAGCAUAUACUAUGUACAUAUGUAUGUAGAACAUAAAAAAUACUUUGCACAUACAAAGUAAGCGUCGUCAUUAUCAACUGCAAGGCAAAACUAAUUACUUUGGAGUAAUAUCGAAAGACUUUCUUGAAACACAUGUAAAGACACAUAAAUUCAUACAUACAAGUGUAGUGUGGGCAUGCGGUUUGGAGCUGUGACAAAAAAAGAACAAAUUAUCAAAAAAAAAAAACAAAAAACGCUGUAUAAGCAAAAUAACAAAGUAUAUUGCCAUAGCUGCGGCAGCAAGUCAUGCCACCAACGGAAACCACAAAUUAAAGACGCAGUGAAAACUUCGUUUUUUUUGUGCAAAAGUACAAACUUAGUUGUUGUUGUUCUAAAAGGCGACAAAGAGUAAUCAAUCUAGUACGAAUUUUGACGUGUACCAUAGACGGUGAAGUGAGUAGCUUUAUUACCACCGCAUUUUGCGAAAUAUUCUAGUGGAGUUGUUAGCAAUUUGGCUAAUCGCGUCAGCGAACAUUUUGAAGGUCUUUAACACCGUGAACAUACGAUUUUCGCGUUUGGCGCACAUGCGGACACGCACACGCAGACAGUAGUAACAAACACGCGCACACACAUUCACACACACACACAAGUGUAUAUACUCGCUCAACUGUACAUAAUUAACAGUGCAAGAAAUUGAGUUGUUUUGGUGGUUUUUGAAUGCGCUGAUUCCGCGGUUGCUACCUGAACGCAGUUUUUAAAGAUAAUUUUUUUGCGAAACAUUCGACAAUUUCUUCUGCAUAACAGCCGCCACAAUGAGUUACGAUGACGUCAUCAAGUAUUUGGGCGAUUUCGGCAAAUAUCAGAAACAAAUUUAUUUUCUGCUCUGCCUACCGGCCAUUUCAUGCGCUUUCCACAAGCUAGCUGGCGUCUUCCUUUUGGCGCGCCCCGAAUAUCGCUGCCUACUGCCGUUUGAGAAUCCGUUAAAUGCCACUUACGACUCUUUUCCGCACGAACAUUGGAAUCUGAGUUAUCCUUUUGACGCGAAAACCGGUAAAUAUCAGAAAUGCGAAUAUUAUAAUAUUGACUAUACGACGGACUAUUUGGAGACGGCUAUCACACCGGCCACCGAGAAUGGCACAGUCAAAUGCAGUCACUAUGUUUACGAUCGUUCAAAAUACGAGAAUAGCGCGGUCACCGAAUGGGAUAUGGUGUGUGCACGCGGCCUAUUGACCGCCACCAGUGACAGCCUCUUUAUGGUGGGCGUGUUGUUGGGCAGCAUUGUAUUCGGCCAGAUGUCGGAUAAAUAUGGACGCAAACCGAUUUUCUUCGCAUCGCUGGUAAUACAGGUUAUCUUUGGUGUGUUGGCUGGUAUUGCACCCGAAUACUUUACCUAUACGAUAUCGCGCAUGGUUGUGGGCGCAACAACGUCCGGAGUCUUUCUGGUCGCCUAUGUCAUUGCUAUGGAAAUGGUUGGCUCCACGUAUCGUCUCUUUGCCGGCGUCACCGUACAAAUGUUCUUCUCCGUGGGUUUCAUGUUAACAGCCGGCUUUGCAUAUUUCAUACACGACUGGCGUUGGCUACAAAUAGCGCUCAGUUUGCCCGGGUUAUUGUUCAUGUGCUAUCAUUGGGUCAUACCGGAAUCGGCCAGAUGGUUACUCUCGAAAGGUAGGAAAGAGGAGGCAAUAGUUGUGAUUGAGAAAGCGGCUCGCAUUAACCGUGUGACCAUACCGAGUGAGGUUUACGACAAUCUAAUUGAUGAAGCUGCUGAGCGUGAGAAGAAAGAGGAGUCUGUGUCCGUAGGCGCGGAUGAAAAAGCACCCACCGUAUUCGAUCUACUGCGUUAUCCAAAUUUGCGUAAAAAAACGCUAAUCAUUCUCUUCGAUUGGUUUGUGAACAGCGGCGUGUACUACGGCCUAUCGUGGAACACAAACAAUCUUGGUGGCAAUGUUUUGCUAAAUUUCAUGAUUUCUGGUGCAGUCGAGAUACCGGCUUACACAUUCCUCCUCUUCACGCUUAAUCGUUGGGGUCGCCGCACAAUUCUUUGCGGUUGUAUGCUGGUCGCUGGCUGUGCGCUCUUGCUGACCAUAGUUGUGCCAGAGAGUAACAAUUGGCUGAUAAUACUAUUUGCUAUGCUUGGUAAGUUGGCCAUUACCGCAUCGUAUGGCACCAUAUAUAUCUUCUCGGCGGAACAAUUCCCCACGGUAGUACGCAACGUUGGUCUGGGUGCUGCUUCAAUGGUAGCACGUGUUGGCGGCAUUUUGGCGCCCUACUUAAAUUUAUUAGCUGAAAUAUGGCGGCCACUGCCACUGAUCGUGUGUGGUUCCUUGGCAUUCCUUGCAGGGCUCAUGUCUUUGGUGUUGCCAGAGACGCUUAAUAAACCGAUGCCCGAAACGAUUGCCGACGCCGAACAAUUUGGAAAGCGUACGCGCAACGAUGAAUUCGUCGAAGCUGGUGGUGAGGAGUUAGCCAGAAUUGUUACACCGGAGGCGGAGGAGAAAAAUGGCGUUGCAAAUGGAAAAUCUACAUGAUAUAUUGCCUAAGUUUUUUAACGAAUUUAUUUUAAUACUUGUAUACCGUUAUCUUAAUAUGGAAAUGUCUUCCCUAAUACAACAAAAGAAUUCAAAGCGAAUAAUUAUUUUUAGAAAACAAAAAUCCAAUUCUUUACAAAAAGGCUUAUGCAUGCACACACCGUACUUUGGACUUUCCCACAAUAAGGUAACGGCAUACAACCAUAUAACAUUACGAUUACUAUUGUAGAACUCUGGGAAGGGAAAUCUUUUAAACAACCAAAGAAAUGUCUGAAUUGUAUUGUUUUAUCUGAAACAUUAUUGUCGGCGAUAAAAAAUCUGUACAUUUAUCUCAAAUUUUGCAUAAUUAUAAAUUCUUCACUGUUUCACAUAUAUUAAAUAAAUUAUACAUUAAUACUGUUGCUUUUCAAAAUAAAAGGUCCGAUCUAAAAAACUGUUUUAAUAUACCACAUACAAAAAUAACAGUCCCAAUCCGAGUAACUAAUGAAAAAAUGUACAGAUCUUGCUAAAUAAUAAUUAUUUAAAUCAUGUAUGACUAUUCAAAGACAA